AUGAAGCCACCACUGUUCCACAAGGGUGUACACCCAUUGAAGGCUAAAGCUUGGGUCCUAGGCAUUGAGAAGCUAUUUGAAGUGUUCCCAUGUCUGGAGACACAGAAAGUACAGUUGGCCACUUUUACAUUGGAAGACGAAGCGAGGAGGUGGUGGAUGUUGGUCCGUGAUGAUAAUAAAGGCAUUGACUGGGCACAAUUUCUUGCACUCUUUUAUGAGAAAUACUUUCUUCAGUGUGUCCACGAUAGAAAGGUGUCAGAAUUUGAAGGGUUAAAGCAAGACAAUAUGAUCGUGGCUGAGUAUGAAACCAAGUUCACCGAAUUGGCUAGAUUUGCCCCGCAUAUGGUUGACACCGACUACAAAAAGGCGAGGAAGUUUGAAAAUGGUCUUCGCAAUGACAUUUUAGAGAGGGUAGAUGUGUUAAAAUUGCCCACAUAUGUUGAUGUAUUAGACUGA